AUGUCCUGCCAGCAGAACCAGCAGCAGUGCCAGGCCCCUCCCAAAUGCCCCUUACCCAAGUGCCCCCCCAAGAACCCUGCACAAUGCUUGUCCCCAGUCUCCUCUGGCUGUGCUCCAUGCUCUGGAGGCUGCCAUGGUCCCAGCUCUGAGGCUGGAUGCUUUCUGAGCCACCGCAGGUGCCCAAGGUCCCAUGGAUGCCAGCACUGGAGCUCCAGCUACAGUAACAACAGCAGUGGUCAGCAGUCAGGGGGCUCCAGCUGCAGCCAUAGUUCUGGGGGUUGCUGCUGA